UUUGUUGUGCACUUUCUCAGGCAAUACGCGAAAAUGUCGAAUGGUUUAAAUGGACACAUUUUGAAGAUCCCUGUACUCGGACGAAAGCUAACUUUGGGAACUCUUUACGACGAUCGCAAUGACAUCGCUGUGCCAGGCAAUGACACCGUGUGCAGCGAAGAUAUAGGAACAUUUCAAACUACCUGCAACGAGGGCUUCAAUUAUUCCCUGAUUCCCUCCGAUAAAUUAAGCGAAAAAUUAGACGAUCUCGGCGUGAAAGGUUUGCUUCAAAUCAGCAUCUCGGUGGACCCCACCGAACAGCAUUGGCAACAUCUGAAAAAGAAAAAAAAUGAAUUUCACGAAUCCAGCGUUCACGUCAGAUGUCACUACUGCACGGCUACUCAGAAAUUCACUAGCGACCAAUUAAACGAGGCCAAGAUACGUUAUCUCAACGUUGCACCGACAGACUCUACAGCAACGCACGUCAUCACGAAAAUACAGUACGGUGCCGAAGCUACUUUUACUUUGACAAAAAGACUAGACGAAACAGAAGACGAGCACGAAGCGAAUAGCCUAUUAAAAGCCUGUGCCAACAACUUGAUUGCAAUUCUCAACGGAGAUGAAGAAUGUGUUAGAGACUCAAUUACAUCAACUAACAUACAAUGUCGAUUGCAAGGCGAUUUCUUAAUUUCGAUGACAUUCACCACGUACGACGAGGCCAAGCAAUUCGCAAAAAAUUUCACACGUUUAUUAUCAAAUUCAGUUGCUAAAGAGGCUCCUCUCGGUGUGCCCUGCAUCGCUUGGCUCUAUCCAUUGGCAUCGACGCACGGCGCUGAAAAUGCACUUCAGAGUGACAUUCUGGAAUGCGUUCAACAGAUAGAUAACUAUGACCAAGUGCAAGCCAAACUCGAUUACUUGCUCAACGACACCCUAGCGAAAAAAUUUAACCCGUUUCACGAAAAGCUACGCCAUUUCCAUUUACAUUUCACUUCAUUCCGCAACAAUCAUAAAACUGAAUUGAAAGAAAUGGUUGUAAACUUACGUAGUGGCUUGAUGCAAAUCGACAAUUUAAAGCAGUUGGUGCAGCGUAUCAAUAAUGAGCAAUUUCCUUUCAAUCCAAAACGGCUCGAAGGUUGGCUGGAUGAAAAAUUCAAAGAACUCUGUACGAUGAGGAAGUAUCAAGAACAGAUGGCCAUCACUCUUUCCCCCAACGUCUUAUUUUUCCCUUCUACCGAAAUAUUACAAGAGCACAUGAUGAAAUGCAACGUUAAUUUCGGCUUUGAACUUGCGUUUACUUGCCUAACGUACCCAGAACCUGUUCUCGAUCUCAUCGCGACGCAAACGCUAAACACGGACGUUAACGACAGAUGGCGUUGGUACGAAAACCCAGACAUUGUCAAACGCAUUGAAAAGGAGAUAACAAUUAUAUCUAAAUUAAUUCAAUCAAAACAAAAUGACGAUAAAUUUGCCUUCGCCAUCACAGCGCACGAUCAGCACAACGAAUCGUCCAUCAUCGUUCAUCAACAGCAAAAAAAGAGCUACGGAUGGAACGCCAUCGACAUCGUAUGUCAACACUACCCCAAAAUCAAUUUAAUCGACAUUGUUCGCCUGUUAACCGACGUCGAUAUACCCGACUAUUGGAAUCACAUGAAUUUCCUCGCCUUGUGUCGUUUCUACGACAAAGAUAAUCUAAUCGACUUGGUCCGACUGUUUCUCGAACGCGGAGUGGAUCUCAUCAAUUGCAAGACGGACGACGGAUGGAACGCCCUUCUGCUCGUGUGUCGCUACUACACCAAGGAGAACUUGUUGGAAAUAGCCCGGCUGUUGCUCGCACGCGGAGUCGAUGUCAAUUGCAAGACCAACGGCGGAUUAAACGCGUUGCAUUUAGUGUGUCGAUACGACGAGAAGGAGAACCUGUUUGACAUUGUUCGAUUGUUUUUCGAACGCGGAAUCGACGUCAACUGUCAAUUCGAGGACGGAUGGAACGCUUUCCUUUUCUUUUGCCGAAAUUAUCAGAGGGAUAAUUUACUUGGCAUCAUUCGCUUGUUUCUGGCUCAAAAGGUGGACGUUAAUUAUCAGACGAAAGGCGGCAACAAUGCGCUUCACUUCCUGUGUCGCUAUUACGACAAGAAAAAUUUAAUCGAAAUCAUUCGAUUGCUGCUGGAACGCGGCAUCGACGUCAACUGUAAGAACAGCGAAGGAUGGAACGCUCUCUAUUUAGUGUGCAGAUAUUACGAAAGAGAUAAUUUAAUCGAAAUCGUUCGAUUGUUCCUCAAACGAGGGAUCGACGUCAAUUGCAAGAACAGCGAAGGUUGGAAUUCAUUGCAUUUAGUGUGUCGAUAUUACAAGAGGGAUAAUCUCAUCAAAAUUAUUCGACUUCUUCUCGAUAAAAACAUUGAAAUCAAUUGCAAAACGAAUAGCGGAUGCAACGUUCUCCAUAACGUGUGUCGCUAUUAUUCGAACGAUAAUCUCAUCGAAAUCGUUCUAUUGCUUCUCGAUAGUGGCAUUUUCGCAAGUUUUACAAACAACGAAGGAUGGAACGCCCUCUUAAAUGUGUGCCGAUAUUACCCCAACGACAAUCUAAUUGAUUUAGUGCAACUCUUUCUCGAGGAAGGCAUCGACGUUAAUUGGGCCAACAAUGAAGGAUGGAACGCUCUCCAUUUAAUCUGUCGAUAUUAUAAGCAAGACAACGUCAUAGACAUCGUUCAACUCUUGUUAGAUUAUAAUAUCGAUAUCAAUAGCAGGACGAACAACGGAUGCAACGCCCUCCAUUUCGCGUGCGGCCGAUAUUAUCAGAACGAUAAUUUAAUUGAAACUGUUCAACUGCUACUCGAUAGCGGAAUCUCAGUUAAUUGCAAAAACAACGACGGAUGGAACGCCCUGCACAACGUGUGCCGAUAUCAACGCAAAAAGAACAUGCUAGAACUCAUUCCGCUUUUAAUUCAGCACAAAAUCAACACGAACGCAGUGACGACUGGAGGUAAAAUCGGUACUGCCCGAUCUAUCCUCUUAGGUCGUUACAAAGAAGAAAGUAUUAAAGAAAUUUUGAAUAUUUUAGAUUCGAACUCGCCACUGGUUUUGGACGACGGCCAACACCCUUGGCAUUCUGCAAGUGAUAAGUGGAAAGAGAUGACGGUUGAGCUAGAAUUUGAAAAGAAAGAAAUCGCUGCGUUCGAGGUCGUUAACGUUAAAGGCAUUUCAAGAGCUUUGACGUGA